AUUUUUAAUAAAUUUCUACAACACAGUUUGUGCAAGUCAUUCUAUUCGUUUUUUUUAUCAAAUUAGGCGUCCAAGAUAUGCGUAUUCUCAACAAGUACAGUCAACUUUACCCAACACUUACCAACAGGUCAUCUAGCUGUCUGCUCGGCCUUAUGAUCUCAUUAUUAAUCGACGGGGGGCACUCAUCAAGACGGCCCCUUUUCUUCACUACUACCCGUCUUUUUGACGGACAAGAAUAA